AUGGUGACGAUAUCAAAGCCUCCAAUGAUCACCGAGGCCAUUGAUCUGAGUGUGGCAUUGACUGAAGAAGCAAUUAGGCUAAACAAGUUCUCAACCUCUGAUGGAAAGAAAAAGGAGACUCGUGUCGAGUCAUCUGGAGAGAACAAGCGGAAGUUCUCAAACUUCAAGAAAGGUACUCAAGGAAGCAACAGUAUCAACAAGAAAAGGGAUGCAAACCCACCAGCUGAGGUCAAAACUGGUGUUGCAAGUUCAGAGAAUAAGGGGAAAGGUUACAUGGGCACUUUGCCUAAGUGUGAUGUAUGCAUGUUACAUCAUGUCGGCCCAUGUAGGUAUAGGAAGUGUGAAAAUUGUGGAAGGAAUGGUCAUUCAAAGGAGACGUGCUGGGCUGGUAAUAGUCGUGGGAAUGGUGGCCAGAGAGGAGGAAAUGGCGGUAAUGGUAAUCGUGGUGGUACUGGGAACCAAGCUGGAAAUGGAAACCGCAACAACAACCAAGGUGGUGCUGGAAACAAGCAAGGAUGCUUUAGUUGCGGGGAUAUUGGGCAUUUUAAGAGAGACUGCCCAAAGAACAACCAAGCUCAGGGGAGAGUCUUUAACAUUGGAGCUAGGGAAGCUCGCCAAGAUCCGAACGUAGUCACGGGCUCUACCGUAACUUACUGUUCCACCGUAAGUUACGGUGGUCAAUUUACUACAAUGGUCCACCGUAAACUAGUAGACUCCCACCGUAAGCCUUCUGAUCUCUACCGUAAGUUACGGUGA